AUGGGUAGCGUCGCCAGCCAAAAGCCCGGAACUUUCCUCUUCACCUCCGAGUCGGUCGGAGAGGGUCACCCCGAUAAGAUUGCUGAUCAGGUCUCGGAUGCCAUCCUUGAUGCCUGUCUUGCUGAGGAUCCUCUCUCCAAGGUCGCUUGUGAGACAGCUACCAAGACUGGCAUGAUCAUGGUCUUUGGUGAAAUCACUACCAAGGCCAACUUGGAUUACCAAAAGAUCGUUCGUGGCGCCAUCCAAGAUAUUGGCUACGAUGCUUCCGAAAAAGGUUUCGACUUCAAGACUUGCAACGUCUUGGUCGCCAUUGAGCAGCAGUCUCCCGAUAUCGCUCAGGGUCUCCACUACGACGAGGCCCUCGAGAAGCUCGGGGCUGGUGACCAGGGUAUCAUGUUCGGCUAUGCCACUGACGAGACCCCUGAGUUGCUCCCAUUGACCAUCCUCUUCUCUCACAAGCUGAACAGCGCGAUGACGGAGGCUCGCAAGGAUGGCUCCAUCCCGUGGCUCCGCCCCGACACCAAGACCCAGGUCACCAUUGAAUACGCCCACGACAACGGUGCCGUCAAACCCCUGCGCGUCGACACUGUGGUCAUCUCCGCCCAGCACAGCGAUGAAGUCUCUACUGAGGAACUCCGCACUGUCCUUAAGGAGAAGAUCAUCAAGAAGGUCAUCCCCGCCGAGCUACUGGACGACCGUACCAUCUACCACAUCCAGCCCUCCGGCCGUUUCAUCAUCGGCGGUCCCCAGGGUGAUGCCGGUCUCACCGGCCGUAAGAUCAUCGUCGACACCUAUGGUGGCUGGGGUGCCCACGGGGGUGGUGCCUUCUCCGGCAAGGACUACUCCAAGGUCGACCGCUCGGCCGCCUACGUUGCCCGCUGGGUCGCCAAGUCCCUAGUCAAUGCCGGCCUGGCUCGCCGAGCCCUGGUCCAGCUCUCCUACGCCAUUGGCGUUGCCGAACCCCUUUCCGUCUUUGUCGAGACGUAUGGUACCUCCACCAAGUCCUCCGACGAGCUGGUGCAGAUCAUCCGGAACAACUUCGACCUCCGUCCCGGUGUCAUCGUCAAGGAGCUUGACCUGGCCAAGCCCAUCUACUUCCAGACCGCCAAGAACGGUCACUUCACCAACCAGAGCUUCUCCUGGGAGAAGCCCAAAACCCUUAAGUUCUAA